CCUUUCUCGUUUCCGGCAACACUGCUCCGCAGCGGUGGCCUUGGUUCCUUCCGCUUAUCUUCCCAACGCCCGGCCGAGCUUUGGGAGGCCGCCGCCCCGCCAGGUAAUCUCAAUACCCUAACUAUACUAUUCAUGCUGAAGAGAGUGGGACGCUAGAAAACCUGUUUCAUCAAUGCAUUGAGAGAAAAGCUGCAUUUUAAAAAUAUUUUCAGUCACUAAUUUUUCAUUUUAGAUGUUUAACUUUUGAUCUGCUAUUCAGAUAUUUUAGAGUUCUGAAUACUCGUUCUAGAGCCUAGCGAAUGAAUGGCGACUGUGGAUGAUUUAAAGUUUCAAGAAUUUGAUGAUGCAGCUAACUUGCUGGCAGGAAACCCAGACGCCACCACAAUAAGUAUUGAUGAGCCUAGUGAAAACCCCAAGAAUCAGUAUGGCCUUCUGCAAGACUCUCGGAGAGAGGAGGAUGACGAGUUACUGGGGACUGAUGACUCGGAUAAAACGGAGUUACUUGCAGGACAGAAGAAAAGUGCCCCCUUCUGGACAUUUGAAUACUACCAGACUUUCUUUGAUGUAGAUACAUACCAGGUCCUAGACAGAAUAAAAGGCUCGGUUUUCCCAAUACCAGGAAAAAACUUUGUAAGACUAUAUAUCCGCAGCAAUCCAGAUCUUUAUGGUCCUUUUUGGAUAUGUGCCACAUUAGUCUUUGCCAUUGCUAUUAGUGGUAAUCUUUCAAAUUUCUUCAUCCAUCUGGGUAAACCUGCAUACCGGUAUGUGCCUGAGUUCAGAAAAGUGUCCAUAGCUGCAACAGCUAUCUAUGCUUAUGCUUGGCUGAUUCCUCUGGCUCUCUGGGGAUUCCUUAUGUGGAGAAAUAGCAAAGUUAUGAAUAUAGUCUCCUACUCGUUUCUUGAGAUAGUGUGUGUCUAUGGCUAUUCACUCUUUAUUUAUAUUCCAACAGCUAUUUUGUGGAUUAUUCCACAAAAAGCUGUACGAUGGAUCUUGGUAAUGGUUGCUCUGUGCCUUUCGGGGUCAGUUUUAGUAAUGACAUUUUGGCCUGCUGUUAGAGACGAUAACCGAAGGAUUGCACUGGCUACUAUGGUGACUGUUGUACUUCUUCAUGCCCUGCUUGCUAUUGGUUGUUUGGCAUACUUUUUUGAUGCUCCUGACCUGAAUGUUCUUAUACCUACUGCAGCUGCUCAAAAUGGAACAAUAGUAGCAACAAAGACUCAGUAAAUAAGAUUACAAUGCCUGUAUUUCCCAUCUGUACAGUAAUUUUAUUUUAGGUAUUUUUUCACUAAAGAAAAUGGAAUCGCAAAAACUGAAAAAGAAGGAAGAGCCAGUGCAGUUACAUGACUCAUGGACAUCUAAAUGCUCAUCAGAACACUAGUAGACUUCUAAUACUGUUGAUUUUAUUCCUUGUACAGGGAAUUUCUACGGACCUUGCAUUCUUUGCAGUGUCUGUCUCAAAAUAAAAUGCUCCAGAGGGUGGUUUUGAAUUUUAGUUCUUUCACACGUGAGAGAUGUUUGUUAAUGAUCUUUUUUCCAAAGAGCAUGUACAAUUUCACUUCUGUCAUUUAUUGGGAUAAACAUAUUUCAG